CGAACUUCCAUCGAUCUACUCAAAUUGCAAAGAAGAUGGACCUAAUCAUAUGGUUGUGAGCUGGAAAGAAAUAAUCUGCUCGGCCUGUCGGAAACACGAGACAUGGCGAAAUUGUAAGAGUUAGUCACCUGAUACGAAAGGACAUUCAUGGCCGAGUACAAGGAUCGCUUGUCCGAUUCAAAUGCUUGCGACAACCGAUAUCUCGGAGCUCAAAGAAGCUCCUUGAUGUCCGAUCAUCCAAUGGGAGUAAGAAUGGAACGAGAUCCGAGUGACUCCGAGUUCCGAAUCGGUUGUCGACCGAUGAUGCGGAUGAAACCACGUUAUCGCAAGCCCAGCUCCGGUCUCACUAUCCAAUGGAUUUACAAGCUAAAGUGACACCAUCGACCGUGAUGAAAGCGCAAGACCAACCGGCAUGACUCACUAUACUUGCUGCGUACCUCUUUCUGCGGGGUUAGCGAGGUCAAUCGCGAUGUCGUAAGUGAAAUGGCGGAUUGUGCGAUCUGAUAACGCGCAGCGGGGACUAACGGCAUUAUAUAUAAGUAAAGCAUAGAAUCCCAGAUAGAGAAUCUUGUUUUUCACCAAAGACAAGACUGCUUUGUUAAGACAGACAUAACAUAGUUCAAAAUGUCGACUACUGCUACUAUUACCCAACAGGCCGAGCGCAUCGUGCCGCUCAAUGUCGAGACCAAUAAGUACCCAGAACCUCUUAAGCCUUCUGGAGCUCUCGACAAGUUCACAUUCGAAGAGUCAACCCCUGUCAUUGGACGCGAAUAUCCCAAAGUCAACCUCGUCGACGACAUCAUCAACGCCCCAAACGCAGAUGAACUAAUCCGCGAUCUCGCCAUCACCAUCUCCCAGCGCGGCGUCGUCUUCUUCCGCGCCCAAGACAACCUCACAGAUGAACAGCACAAACAACUCGUCCAUCGCCUCGGCCAACUAACCAACAAGCCCAAGGACUCAACUCUCCACAUCCACCCUCUUCUCAACAGCACCAAUGAAUUCGGCGUAGACGACAAUGAGAUCAGCGUCAUUUCAUCAAACGUUGAGUUCUUCCAGGACAGAAUCAAAGAUCGUGAUGAUCGCAAGCAAGGCGCUGCGAGCUGGCACAGCGAUAUUCAGUUUGAGCAGUAUCCCGCUGAUUACACGAGUCUGCGACUCACAAAACUCCCAGCCGGAGGUGGUGAUACCCUUUGGGCUUCGGGAUAUGAACUAUAUGAUCGAUUUAGCGAUCCCUAUAGGAAGUUCUUUGAGGGCUUGACUGCUACAUUUUCGGGCGAUGGGUUCUUGAGGGCGCGAGAUGCGAGACCGGAUCAUUACAAGAUCUACGAGGAACCGCGGGGAAACCCUGCCAAUAUCGGAGAUGAGCUCAAGGCCAUUCAUCCCGUUGUUCGAACAAACCCUGUUACGGGAUGGAAGUCUAUCUUUGCGAUUGGAAACUUCCCCAAGCGGAUCAAUGAGUUGAGCGAGCGUGAGAGUAGGGAGAUCUUGGAGUCGCUGUACAAGAGGAUUGAGCAGAACCAUGAUUUGCAGGUUCGCUUCCGCUGGAGAAGUCCCAAUGAUAUUGCGUUCUGGGAUAAUCGCAGUGCAUUCCAUAGCGCGACGAAUGAUUACGAUGGUCUUGGUGAGCGCACAGGUCACAGGGCUGUUGGUAUUGGCGAGAAGCCUUACCUCGAUCCUAACAGCCUGUCAAGGACCGAGGCUUUGAAGAGAGCUUAGUGUCUGUUUAGAAACAUUAGAUAAUGAUAUGCAUGAGAUUUACUUCGACUCGGCUUUUUUGCCCUUCUGACCUUUACCCGAAUGCCUUGACUAAGCCUUGCUGAACCUUUUGAUGCACUUAUCCAACAGUUUCCAAAAGCGCUCUUGCCUUGCAGUUAAACGAAGUGCAGAACCCGAUGUAACCGCCUUGGCUGCGAGGAGGUAUUUGCCUCUGUACCUCUAUCUCCUUGUGUCCUCUGGCGGGGACACAAGCUCCGUCUGUAACGGGCGCAACCGAGUCUGUUGAAAUAUUCAGGUGAGCUGCAGGACAGUGGAUCUCGAUGUGACUAAAAAGACUGCCAAGGACGAUCAUCGGGGCUGACACUAAGUCCCAGAUGCGAUCCUAUUUGCCAUCAGACCUACUACCUAAAUCCUGACUUGAUCGAUUGAUCAUCCCAAAAAGCAGAAGCCUGAGUCAACAUAAACCAGAAGGCUAGGCGAAGUUCAAUUAUGAAUUCUCGUUUAGCUAUAUCCUGAAGCCGCUCCUCUCGGUGUGCUUUUCUGUACACCCUCCGUUCUUAGUUUAGACUUUCGUUUCCGCCCCCAAUGCCACGGAGCUGGCUCAGACCAUCCUUCGGGUA